GAGGACUUUCGCUGUCAUAACUUCAGAUCGCUUCGCGAGGGCGCGGUGAUCAGCUAAAUCGUGAAUUUUACUAUUGAAGACCCAUCAGAGGGCUAUUUUGACAGCUGAAGCUACAUUCAACUUUCGAUCAUCGUUGGAGAAGAGCGUUUAUUUUGGACUUAGGCAUCGAAAAUGUACCUAAGUUCUGGCUUAGAGUAUGAUUCUUCUCGCUCUAGCACAGCCUCUCCAUCUGGGGAUAAUCUUUUUCAGUACUCGUCUUCCGCUGUUUCCUAUUCUAACGUGGGCUCACCUUGCCAGUCUCAGGGCAUAAAUUCAAAGAUCUCCUUCACUCCAACAAUCACAGACAUUUCCGCAAGCUCCGACAUGAAGUGGAUGCUUCAGCCCACUACUCUGAUUUCAACCAUGAGCCCGUGCAACAGCAGAGGCAGUCCAUACAAUGUCAGGGGAUCAAAUAUUCCCCAGUCCAGAACAGGGACGAUCAAGAGAACAGACUCUAAAAAUUAUAAUACUGGCAGAAGGGGAAGAAAUGAGCAGCUUUCCUCUGAAGAAGAACAGAAGAGGAGAGUGCGCAGGGAGAGAAACAAGCUGGCAGCAGCAAAAUGCCGAAAUAGACGGCGAGAAAUUACAGACACGCUUCAAGCUGAGACUGAUUCUUUGGAGGAUGAGAAAUCAGCUUUGCAGAAUGAGAUUGCUAGUCUCCUGAAGCAAAAGGAGAGGCUGGAGCUCAUUUUACUGGUCCACAAACCAAUCUGCAAAAUCCCAUCAGAAAAGGACAGUGAAUCUCCCAUGGAGAGUGUCUCCAGUCAUCUGAGUAUCCAGCAUCCCACAGCCCACCCAAGUGGUUCCAAAUUGGAAGUCCCAGCCACAUUUUCCCGUAAAACCUCUGUCUUUGGCACCAGUCAUGCUUUGGGUAAUGAAACCGCUUCUACAGUACAGAUGUCAGACCUUGAUGCAUCUCUGGAGGAAUCUCUAGAUCUGCUGGAAUCAUUGAGGGCGACAUCAGUGGAGAAAUCACAGUCCGUUCCUGAUAUUGACUUGUCCACCUCCUUAUACACGCAGGACUGGGAGCCUCUGUAUACCCCUGCCACUGGUGACUCUGGACCUCUUUGUACUCCAGUUGUAACCUGCACACCAACAUGUGCUACUUACACGUCAUCUUUUUCAUUUGCCUACCCUGAGGCAGACCUUCUUGACAGCUGCCGUGUGGCCCACAGGAAAGAAAGCAGCAGCAAUGAGCCAUCCUCAGACCCACUGGGCUCACCCACGCUGCUUGCCCUGUAAGGACACUAUAAGGUGCAUCAUGAACAUGUGCGUACGACAGGUCUCUUCCAUCUGUGGAUGAUGCAAAACUGUGGGGAAAUUUCAGAGUCUGUCUUCCACUCUAAAUCAAAUAUCUUGUCAAGCACCUAUUUAUUUAAAUCUAUCUAUUUAUUUAUUUCUUUGUUUUGGAGGGAGGAGGGAGUAAUGUUUGAGAAAUGGAACAAAGUAUGUUAAAGUCAUACAUACAAAUUCCAUCAAAGAAGGUUUAGGCUGUUGGUGCAGAAUUCUUGCCUGUGGUUUGGCCUUUAAGUAGAUGUAGGAUAUAAUUGUGUUUUAUAUUAUAAUAUAAAGUAAUAAUGCCUAACCCUGUUAAACAUAACAUUAAAGAAUGGAGUAGUUCCAUGAAAACAUUGUUUUAGGUACAAGUAUUUACAAAUUUUAUUUUUGUAUUUAAAAUUGGUCUUAAGCAAUAACUAAAAUCCUUGUUCAUUCAAUAAAUAUCUGAAAAUGUGUCAAAAA